CUGUGUGGGAGGUGGAGGGGCAGGCAGCCAUGGUGCUGCGGGCCGUCGUGUUCGACCUGGACGGGGUCCUGGCGCUGCCGUCGCUCUUCAGCGCCCUUGACCGCGUGGCGGAGGAGUUGGUGCUGCCCAGAUAGCCCACGUUCAAGAUGUGAAGGGAGAACUUUCCAGGUGAGGAAACAGCGUGAGCACAGGCUGGGAGGUGGAGAGCAUGGAGUGUGCACAGGAACACUGAAUGUUCCAGUGUAGCUGGAGGAGUGGCUUUCUGAAUAAAGCUUUCAACAAAGAAGGCUUGGGUGGUUCCACUGUCCGCCUCAUGAGGGGAGAAAUCACUUAUUGCCAGUGGGUGUCGCUCAUGGAAGGAGACUACAGGAAAUACUCUGAGGAGUCUGGAAUCUGCCUCCCUAAGAAUUUCUCUAUAAAUCAAAUCUUUGGCAAGGCGCUUUCGGCAAAGGAGAUCAAUCGCCCCAUGCUUCAGGCAGCUCUCACUCUCAGAAAGAAGGGAUUUACAACGGGCAUCCUCACCAACAACUAUCUGGAUGACAGCACCCAGAGAGGCCAGCUGGCCCAGCUGAUGGGUGAACUGAGGCCACACUUUGACUUCCUGAUAGAGUCAUGUCGCAUUGGAAUGGCCAAGCCUGAUCCUCAGAUCUACAGGUUCAUGCUGGAUACCUUGAAGGCCAGCCCCAAUGAGGUUGUUUUCUUGGAUGACGUUGGGGCUAAUCUGAAGCCAGCCCGUGACUUGGGAGUGGUCACCAUCCUUGCCCGCAACACCAACACGGCCCUGCAAGAGCUAGAGAAAGUAACCGGGAUGCAGCUUCUAGAAACUGCAGCUCCUCUCCCAAUCCCGUGUAAGCCAAGUGACAUGAGCCAUGGGUAUGUGCCAAUUAAGCCUGGAGUGCAUCUACAUUUUGUGGAGCUGGGCUCUGGCCCUCCUGUGUGUCUCUGCCAUGGAUUUCCUGAGAGCUGGUACUCUUGGAGGUACCAGAUCCCAGCUCUUGCCCAGGCGGGUUUCCGGGUACUAGCUGUUGACAUGAAAGGCUAUGGAGAGUCAUCUGCUCCUCCUGAAAUAGAAGAAUAUUCCAUGGAAGUGUUAUGCAAGGAUAUGGUCACCUUUCUGGAUAAGUUGGGCAUCUCUCAAGCGGUGUUCAUCGGCCACGACUGGGGAGGCAUGCUGGUGUGGAACAUGGCUCUCUUCUACCCUGAGAGAGUGAGGGCAGUGGCCAGUUUGAAUACUCCAUUCAUACCAGCAAACCCCAAAGUGUCCCAAAUGGAAGCACUCAAAGCCAAUCCUAUUUUUGAUUACCAGCUCUACUUCCAAGAACCGGGGGUGGCUGAGGCUGAACUGGAGCAGAACCUGAAUCGGACUUUCAAAGCCUUCUUCAGAGCAAGUGAUGAGGUUUUUCUCAGCACGAAAAAUGUUCGUGAAGCUGGAGGAUUACUUGUGAGGACACCAGAAAAUCCCAGCCCCAGCAAGCUCCUGACGGAGGAGGACAUCCAGUUCUACGUGCAGCAGUUCAAGAAGUCUGGUUUCAGGGGUCCCCUAAACUGGUAUCGAAACAUAGACAAGAACUGGAAGUGGAGCUGCAAAAGCGUGGGAAGGAAGAUCCUGAUUCCGGCCCUGAUGGUAGUCGCAGAGAAGGACAAAGUGCUCCUUCCUGAGAUGACCAAGCAUAUGGAGGACUGGAUCCCCAACCUGAAAAGGGGAUACAUUAAGGAUUGUGGACAUUGGACACAGAUGGAAAAGCCUAACGAGCUGAAUCAGAUCCUCACCGAGUGGCUGAAAACUGAUGCCAGGGAUGUGCCACUGGUCUCGAUGCUUUAGGGUGUAACGUGUGCCAGCCCCCAGCAGGCACCCCGACACCUUCAUCAGUGGGGCUGCAGCCCUUGGUCCCCAGAUGGGGCCUUACCCACAUCUCAGAACCAGCAGCCUUGUUCUGAAGGGGUGUACAGCCAAGAGUGAUUUUCUUUCAAGGAAAUGAGUCACAUCUACAUAAUGUUAGAUACAGGAAAAAUAAUGUGUGAUUAAUUCUCUGGAUAUAAAUGCAUCACUUUAUCUCUAAGAAUCGUUGGUAUUUUGUGGGGGAUCAAGAUGAGAUGACCAGGAGGUGAUUUCUCUUUGACUAACCACUGCAUGAGUUUGCAGCAAAAUCAGCAGUUAGUUGAGAAGCAUUUCCGCAGAUAUUGGAACUCCUUUGUUCAAUAAAGCUACGACAACGGUG